AUGCAGCCACCGCCGCCACAGGGCUCACGCAGAGAUCUCAUUGACUUGAAGUCGCAGAUAAUCCGGAAGCUCGGGCCAGAGAGAUCACACCGCUACUUCAGCUACCUGAACAGGUUACUCGGGCAUAGAUUGUGCAAAUCGGAGUUCGACAAGUUCUGCUGGCUCACUCUCGGCCCGGAGAACAUCCCUCUACACAAUCGGUUCAUCCGACUGAUCCUCAAGAACGCCUAUCAGUCCAAGAUCCCCCCGCCAGCAGCAAUUCAUGGCGAGGGAGACCUUCUGAAACCUGGCAAAGCUCUCGAGGAAAAAUCUUCUCCCCCUUCCGGAGACGAUGGGUUCCGCCCACCUCCGUCUCUCUGCAAGGGAAGCUCCUCUAUCCAGUGGAUCCGGGACCAUCCUCCCCCUCUUGCACCCGAUGGCAAGACCGGAGCCAUCCCCCAUCAAUUUCCUGCUCCGCCAGGUGAAGCUACCCUCCAGCAGGUGGGACGUGUAGAGCUAUCCAAGAAGAAGCAGCGAGUCCAGGAGAAAUCCCCGUAUGGCCGAGCUUCCUCUGUACAUAGCAAAAGCACGGUCAAAGUGGUCGUGGAAGAUGGAGAAGAGCUGGAGCAAACAGGGAGAGCUCGGUUCAACGUGGGCCCCAUUCAUCCCCCUCUGGGAGUCUCCUUCUCUCCUCUUGCCGUUGGUGGAGUGCGCCGAGGUACUAAUCAUGGUGACUUCAGUGGAGAACUGUGCCACACAGAGGCUCUGAGGGAGAGGAUGGAGAGGAUAGCGGGCACCCAGCAUCUUGGUACCGUGACCAUGGAGUGUGCCGACUUACUGAAUAAGGGUUUGGAUUUGUACAUGAAACGGGUGAUCAUGUCUUGUGUCACCCUCGCUGGAUCAAGGUCAGAAGGUCAAUUUACAAGGCAUCCGUUCAACAAGAGCCAUUCUGGUGGAAAUCAUCCCAGUGGCAUCGUCUGGCUGGGUAAUCAGAUGCGCAAACCGAGUAGUAUUGGUUCUUCGGAGGGCACCCGAGUGUCCCUGCUGGACUUCAGGGUGGCUAUGGAGCUGAACCCGCAGCAACUUGGGAAAGAUUGGCCAUUUCUGCUCGAGAGAGUCUCCGUUCGUUCGUCUGAAGAACAACGAACUUCUGGGUAG